UGAAAAACUAAGAUAUUACUAAAAUUCAAUAAAAAGGGCGAAUAGGAAAAUAACUCCAGCAAAGGAAACGAGCGCAUCCAUCUCUCUGUCUGCCUGUCUGUCUCCUGGUCCUACUGCCAUCAUGGCCAGCGGCGAGCCGGAGAACAAGCCACCCAUUCUACACAUUCUAGUUGUGGGAUUCCACCAUAAACUUGGAUGCCAAGUAGAAUUCUCACAUCCACCGCUAAUAGCUGGCUCCACCGGACGCCAGGAGUGCCCAUCCGGUUGGAAAUAUUUGCCCACUCUGGCUCUGCCCGAUGGAUCGCACAAUUUCGUCGACGAUACGGUCUUCUUCAACUUGCCCAGUCUCUUUGAGCCGGCGGCCAGUGUCUAUGGUGUAUCCUGUUAUCGUCAGAUACCAGUGGAGCGACUAAAAAUCCGCACGGCCGACAUGACCCGCAGCACGGUGCAGAAAAGUGUAUGCAUAUUAGCCCGCCUGCCCAUCUAUGGUUAUAUUGAAGUGAAACUAUCCCUGAUAGCGGAUGCCUUCUUCGACCAGGGUGACUUCAGUUGCACGGAACUGUUGAUCAAGGCCUAUCAACAGUUGAAUGCUUGCCUCCUGGACGAUGAGUCGCAUCGCCCGCUGCGACAUUUCCAUGUUGGACUGUCGCUGCGUGAAAUUGUUCUUCACUGGAGGCACAAGACCUUGAUGCUAUUCAAGCUGCUGCUCCUACAGCGGCGGGUGGUGUGCUUUGCCUCCCCCGUGCGGGGCAUGUGUGUCCUCAUCUUGGGUAUCGCCUCGCUAAUUCCUCGAUUGCUGGAGAAGGGAUUUCAGGAGGUUGCCUGUGUCCGAACAUCGCGUCCGCUUUCCCCCAUGCCAGAUUUCACAGCCUCUCUGCAAGCCGAAGCGGAAGCAGAGGCUGAAUGCGAGGCGGAACAGAUAAGUGUGUCGGCAAUUGAGGUAAUUGAAACAGAGACAAUCGAUGGUGCAGACUUGGAUACUCUAGUCUCGACGGCUGCCUCGGCUGGAUCAUCACAGUCCACACCCAAUUCGCAGACGCAGGAAUUGAAUUUUGGCUUAACCCAGGGUCGAAGCAGUGCAAGCAGUGCAUCCCUGACACGAGAAGCUAGUGUCGAUACAUUGGCCUCAAAUUUGAUCGCAUUGUGCUCGGUUAAUCCGGAUGAGUAUCGGGCACCGGUUAGCAUAUUUGCCAGUGGUAAUCUCUGCCUACCGUAUCUUUCGCUACCUUAUAUGGAUUUACUAAGUGAUCCCAUGGUCCUCUCCUAUAUAAUUGGCACCUCCAAUGUCCUGUUUCAACAGAAACGACAAUUGGCCGAUGUUUUGGUUGACAUUGAGGCAGCUAAUCUCGAUGUCCAUGAUGCUGAGCUGCGUCGCCAAUUGGUACUGAGCACCGAGGAUUUACGUUUCAUGGACUAUAUAUUGAAACAUGUGCAAACACCCAAAGAGGAUGCCGAGGGCAGUGAGCAAUGGAUACGUGAGCAAUUCCAGGGAUAUAUUUUAGCUCUGCUUCGUACAGCUGUGGCGCCAGAUGCCACACCAAAGGAUAAUGAUUACUAUAACGCACACUUUAUGAAUGCGUUCAAGAGGACGCAAUGCUAUCAGGAAUGGUAUGAUGUCAGACCAGAUGCAGAAUUCUUUGAUGUCCUGCCGGCGGGACAUCCAUUUGCUGGCACCUUAUCGGUGGCUGACAUGAAACUUAAACUAGCUCAAACCAUGCAGAAUAGUGAGAGUGGACGGAAAAUCAAUCAGGCAGUCAAUAAUACAAGUCGAGCCGUUGGCGGUGCCAUUUCCCAGGCCAAAGGAGCGUUUAGCAGUUGGUGGUCAUCGAUUACUACAGCACCAGCAGCAGCAGCAUCAGCUACUGUGUCAGCGACAGCCACUAGCUCAUCAUCCGCCGACACAGAUGCGGCCAAUCAAAGCAGCAGUGAGACUAGCGAAGCAGCCGAAGCUGCCGCUGGUGUCCAAGAGAUGACAGUUACAUUCCAGAAUCACAAGGAUAUUGAGGACUUGGAUGUAGCCGGUGUGAGCAUACAUCUAAGCUCCAGCUCCGGCAAUCUAGAUGAGGCUCAUGAGUCCCGAAGCCUGGGUCAGGUGGGCCAACAAACGGGCAUUGUGGAAAUUGGCAGAGAAGCGGAACUUUUAGACAAGUCCCAGACACAGCAGCAAUCCCAUACAGUACGCAGUAGUACGGGUUGUGGGGGAGAUGCGGCGGCCCCCUCAUCAGUCGAUCGUACAAAUGGUGAUGUAUUUAUUGUCUAGAACCACACAAGAUUCCUGCAAUCUUGAUGCAUUGUAAAAAAAAAAAAAAAAAAAAACAAACGCGAAUGCCAAAACUCAGCUCCAUACUUAAUUAGGUAUAUAUUUAUUACACACACACGCACAAACAUUCAGGAAAAUUUCUUGAAUUUACUUUCUCUUUUUUUUUUUCGUAAUUAAAUGUAUGUGUUAAAUGUCUCCUUGUCCUUGUCCCAGUUUCCAUUUAAUGUAUAUGUGUAAAGCUAAAAGUAACUUGUUCCAAGUGCAAUUUAUAAUCCAAACACACGCAAAGUAUCUAUUAUUAUUAUUACACGCCACAAAUUGAUAUUGAAAAUAUAUACAUAUUUAUACAUAUGUAUGUGUAUAUGCAGGGUAUUUAAUCUAUUUGCAACUAAUCCACAAGAUAUAAUCAAAAUACAAUGACAAAACAAAACAACCAAAAAUUCCCAAUUACUCACUUCGAUUCAAACGAAGAUUUGCUACUCUUGCUUGAUUCUUGCAUUAUAUACCUACAAGUAUUUGUCCGAUCAGAAGCCUACAUUCUUCCUCAUGAUCUCAAUAACUCUUCGAUCUCGUAAGCUAAUGAUUUUCUCCGACUUUCGGAGGAAGAUCCCCCCCCCCCAUCGAGGUGGCAGCAAGAUCGAAACGUUGGAAUCCUUUAUAGGAUUCCAUGCAAGGGUAUGCAAAUAGGGAAGAAAAUAAAAUAUCUAUAUAUAUAUAUAU